CCCCUUUCGGUCCUUGAAGGAAGGGAACAAGGUCGUGAAAAAAACGGCUGGUGUGAUACCGCCAUUUUUCCUGUUUCGGUUUCUGCACCUUCGCCGGCCUUCCAACAGGAAAAUGUUGGGCCAAAGUAUUCGGAGGUUCACAACCUCUGUGGUCCGUAGGAGCCACUAUGAGGAGGGCCCAGGGAAGAAUUUGCCAUUUUCAGUGGAAAACAAGUGGCGGUUACUAGUCAUGAUGACUUUAUACUUUGGAUCAGGAUUUGCUGCACCUUUUUUUAUAGUAAGACACCAACUGCUUAAAAAAUAAGGAUGUUUAAUCCAAGAUACAGAUAUGAAGAGGAGCAUUUUAAGAGGUGCAGUGCUG